AGGAGGAGGUGGAGAGUGUAGGAGAGAGGCGGAGACUGUGGGGGAGAGGUGAGUGGACGCAGUUAUGCCAACAAGCCGAUUACUGAAGGCUACUGAGCCCUCGCUGUCAAUUUGCGUGAGUCCUCUCACUCCUCUCUUGUAUUUUCACGAGGAGCAGACUUCAUUCAUCACAGGAAAGUACUUUUUUAAAAUGGAGGCUUCAACUUUUUAUGGAUUUAUAUUGUGAGGGGAAAGCCAUUGCUCCUAUUAUAUAUGAUUUGGACACUUUCACUGUGUAUGUUCUGGUACUUAAUGGUAUUUUGUAGUUGCUGUCGUGUCACUGCUUUAUAUUUUUAAACUUUUUUUUUUUUUUUUUACCUUAUGCUUUAAAGUGUUUCAUUGUAGUUUUUUCUUGUAACGCACUAAAAGAAUGCCUCACAUGGAAAAGGUAACAGCAGUAAACUUAAGUGAGUGACUUUACAAUCAGGAACCUACAAGCCAAAUCACAGGGACAAUACAGCCUUCUCUGCUUUGCCCAAUUUAAAGUGCAAAGUGUAAAAAUGACCAGCCUCCCCAGGAGUGUGGAUGACCAGAGAGGUGUCAGCGAGACCCCGGCUCUCAAAACAGAGCCCCCCAAGCACCGCAGCUGGAGCAACCUUCGCUUCUCAAAAUGGAGAGGUGGUUCCCAGAGGACGAGCCCCCCUGGUACCCCCUCACCGAAGACAGAAAAGAGGGGCGAUGUGACCAAGACGCUCCUCUCCUUGGUCAAGACUCACAAUGACGACUACACAGCAGAUCCUGAUGGCCUGCUGGACACCAACGUGGAGAGCGAAGGAGGCGAUGAUAACAUCCAAGAGGACCAGUCCACCUACUUCCAGAGGCAGUUUGGAGCGAUGCUGCAACCCGGGGUCAACAAGUUCUCCCUGCGCAUGUUUGGCAGUCAUAAGGGUGUUGCUGCUGAGCAGGCCAGGGUCAAGAGCUUUGGAGUAUGGAUCAUCCACCCCUACAGUGACUUCAGGUUUUACUGGGACAUCGUGAUGCUCCUGUUGAUGAUGAGCAAUCUGGUCAUUUUGCCCUGGGGAAUCACCUUUUUCGAAGACCAGAACACUGCACCUUGGAUCACCUUUAAUGUCCUGUCUGACACACUCUUCCUCAUGGACCUGGUUUUCAAUUUCCGCACGGGCAUCCCAGGAGAGGACAGCCACAUCAUCCUGGACCCCAAAGAGAUCCGCAUUCAUUACCUCCGCACAUGGUUCCUGGUUGACUUUGUCUCCUCCAUCCCCGUCGACUACAUCUUCCUCAUUGUCGACCUGGAGUCCCGUUACGAGUCAUCUGACGUGUACCGCACAGCCCGUGCCCUCCGCAUAGUGCGCUUCACCAAGAUCCUCAGUCUUCUGCGUCUUCUCCGACUAUCUCGCCUCAUCCGCUACAUUCACCAGUGGGAAGAGAUUUUCCACAUGACUUAUGACCUGGCAAGUGCGGUGGUGCGAAUAGUCAACUUGAUUGGCAUGAUGCUGCUCUUGUGUCACUGGGAUGGCUGCCUGACCUUCAUGGUGCCUAUGCUGCAAGACUUCCCUCCAGACUGCUGGGUAUACAAAAAUAAUAUGGUGAAUGCUACAUGGCACAUACAGUACUCCUACGCCCUGUUCAUGGCCAUGAGUCACAUGCUGUGUAUAGGAUACGGUGCCCACCCCCCAGAAGGCAUGACUGACGUUUGGCUCACCAUGAUCAGUAUGGUCGUGGGGGCGACCUGCUACGCCAUGUUCCUUGGUCAUGCAACUAACCUGGUCCAGUCCCUGGAUGCAUCACACCGUCAGUAUCAAGAGAAGUAUAAGCAAGUGGAGCAGUACAUGUCGUUCCAUAAACUGCCAGCGGAUGUAAGACAGAGGAUCCAUGAUUAUUACGAGCAGCGAUUCCAAGGAAAGAUGUUCGAUGAGGACAGCAUCCUCGGAGAGCUCAGCGAUCCACUCAAGGAGGAGAUCGUCAGUUAUAACUGCCGAGGACUAGUAGCUAACAUGCCACUGUUUGCCAACACCGACCCUCAUUUUGUGACAGUGAUCCUGACCAAGCUGCGUUUUGAAGUCUUCCAACCCGGAGACUUGAUUAUACGAGAAGGAACGCUCGGUCGGAAAAUGUACUUCAUUCAACAUGGCUCCGUCACUGUCAUCCCACGUGGCACUAAGGCGAUCACGCUCAACGAUGGAGCAUAUUUUGGGGAGAUCUGUCUCCUGACCCAAGGAAGACGCACAGCCACUGUGAAGGCUGACACCUACUGUCGCCUUUACUCUUUGAGUGUGGACAGUUUCAACGAGGUCCUGGAGGAGCAUCCUCUGAUGAGGAGAGCGUUUGAGAGUGUCGCUGUGGACCGACUGGGACGGGUCUCUCGCAGACCAAGUUUUCAGGCUGCACCCGGUGAAUGACUUCCUCAGUACCAACUGAGAGAGACUCUGGCCACGGAUUUGUCACAGAUUUGUUGACUGAACUUGAGCACUUUAAAAACCUUUGAUGUAAAUUUUACAGAUUGUUGUUUGCUUUAGAGCUCAGUUAUGGACAACUUAAUGGAGACACCCAAUUUUAUUUAUUACUAACAUAUUAUUGCUGCAUUGGUUGGAAAUGUACCUUCAGUUCAUUUCCUUUUAUUACUUGAAUCUAAAUAAGCUAAAUGAACAUUUU